AUGGCCCCGGGCCCGAGGAGCCGUCCAGGGAGAGAGGGGCGGGUGGUCGCGAUCGACGCCGAAGUGACGCUGACCAGGGCCCCGCUGGCUGACACCCUUUCACUGGAGCUUGGAGAUGAUGCUGGAUCCGGAGAAGACCCGGGGACACUGGCCACCUGGCGUUCGGGACUCGGAGCAGGAGGCGGCGCGGUAGCCCGACGUGAAGCAAGACGCAACCCGCCACCAGACGAUAGAUCCCCCGAGACUACCGUCGAAGCGCCGUCGACACUAGGAGGGACAACGGUGCAAGCGGACCCCGGAGACAAGAGCGUCGACGAAGUCACAGGAUCCCGGAUCCCGGUCGGCGACGAAGGCGAAGCCCGUGAUGCCGGCACUGGAGCAGCAGUGACGGAAGCGACGGCCCCGGAGCCUCCUGGCUCGAAGCUGGCGGACCGUCAUCCACAGGAGUCUUCGGAUGCGGAGACGCCGCGCGAGCAGGUGCACUCGGAUCCGGCGCCGCUUGAGCGCGGUGUUUGCCUGCGUGACUGCUGUGGAGACUCGGUUCUGGAAGCCAUGUCGGCCGCGAAGUGGAUGUAUCAACGGCACGCGGUGAAUCUGGAAGUGGCCACCGGCGGGAGAUACCGGCACGUGCAACAGAUCCCGUGCUGCCCUCGCCUGGUCGUGAGUCGCCCACAUGAUUUCUACCCGGAGACGGUUCGAAGCAUCUCAGCGCCAACGGACACAAAUGGGGCGGUUGUGGCAUAG